UUUUGAAUGUUGUAUAGUUUUGAAGAAGUAGAGUCGAUCAAGUCCCGCAUCGUGAUCAUGGGAAGAUAUCAUCAAGUCCUGGGUUUCGUGAUAUGCGGUGUGUCGUUGCUCCUCAUGGGCAGCUCAUGGCGUUGUUCCUGUGGAAAUUCAAGUGCACUGUUGUUGUGCAGACGAGAAGAAAGAGAUGCGCUGCUCGAAUUCAAGAAAAGUCUUUUUGAGUCGAACUCAUUGAAUGGCUUCCUCAGCUCUUGGGAAGCAGAAGAUUGCUGCGUCUGGGAAGGAUUGAGCUGCGAUAGAGCCACCGGUCACGUCAUCAGGCUCGAAAUACUCCCCCAGCCCCGGGUAACAAUAAUCGAAAACGACCCUUUUUCAUAUGAAUGGGAGUCUUUUCAAUCAGAUCCAGCAGUCUCCGCCUCAGAGCUGAGCCCUUCCCUCCUGAGGCUGAGGUACCUGAACCACCUCGACCUCAGCGGCCUUAGUAUAAAUGGCAGCACUCCUAUCCCUGCAUUCAUAGGUUCGUUGAAACACCUGAGUUACCUGAACCUCUCGAACGUUGGUUUUCAAGGAGCGGUUCCUCCCCACCUGGGAAAUCUCACCAACUUAGAGGUCCUCGAUCUUCAUUUCAAUUAUGGUUUACUCCUGGCCCAUUCCCACUGGAUUUCUCGUCUUGUGGCCUUAAAGUACCUCGACUUGAGUGGUGUAUCUCCUAGAAAAGCACAGGAUCUGAUGCAGGUACUCAACUCGCUUCCUUCGCUAUCGCACUUGGCAUUGCGCUCUUGUUUCUCGGCCGGCGCAUUUAGUAUAUCCCCUGGUCUCUUCAACUCUAGCUUUCUCGCCAGACUCCAAUACCUCGACCUCUCAGACAAUUCUCUUCAAGGCCCCAUUCCUACUUUCUUACAGAAUAUGACAUCUAUCAGACAUCUCUAUCUCUCCGGCAACGAACUCAACUGUUCCAUUCCUAUUUGGUUCAGUAAUCUUAACGGCUUGGUUCAUCUUGAUCUCGGGGCUAAUUGGCUUGACAGCAUUGAAGGAGGGUUCUCGUUUUUCAUUAGAGACAAAUGCCGCCUGCGGUUCUUGAGUUUGGAAGACAACCAACUUCAAGGGGAGAUCGAUCGAAAUUCCAGUGGAUUCUGUGCAUUUGGCCUCGAGUUCUUGGAUCUGAGCAGGAAUCUUUUCACGGGCAUUAUUCCUGAGGGUUUGGGACAACUUUCAAGGCUCGAAUUCUUGGGUCUCUCCGACAACCUGAUCUCAGGAUCGAUUCCACCAAGUAUUGGUGAAAAUCUGGAAAUGGAUAAGUUGUUUCUCCAUGAUAACCUUCUAACCGGCACAAUACCGGCUUCAUUGUGUAAGUUAAGGUCCAUACAAGUUUUGGACCUUUCAAGAAACAAUCUAUCGGGCUGGAUCCCCAACUGUUGGGGGAAUGCAACUUUUAACUUCAUCUCAGGGAAACAUCGGAACUUCUCUUCAAUGAUGGAAUUGGAUCUCUCCCACAACCUGAUCUCAGGAUCGAUUCCACCAAGUAUUGGUGAAAAUCUGGAAGUGGAAUAUUUGUUUCUCAAUGAUAACCUUCUAACCGGCCCAAUACCGGCUUCAUUGUGUAAGUUAAGGUCUGUAUCUUUAUUGGACCUUUCGAGAAACAAGCUAUCAGGCUGGAUCCCCAACUGUUGGGGGAAUGCAACUUUUAACUUCAUCUCAGGGAAACUUUGGAACUUCUCUUCAAUAACGGAAUUGGAUCUCUCCUACAACCUGAUCUCAGGAUCAAUUCCACCAAGUAUUGGUGAAAAUCUGGAAGUGGAAUCUUUGUUUCUCAAUGAUAACCUUCUAACCGGCCCAAUACCGGUUUCAUUGUGUAAGUUAAGGUCUGUAUCGUUAUUGGACCUUUCGAGAAACAAGCUAUCAGGCUGGAUCCCCAACUGUUGGGGGAAUACAACUUUUAACUUCAUCUCAGGGAAACUUCGGAACUUCUUUUCAAUAAUGGAAUUGGAUCUCUCCCACAACCUGAUCUCAGGAUCGAUUCCACCAAGUAUUGGUGAAAAUCUGGAAGUGGAAUCUUUGUUUCUCAAUGAUAACCUUCUAACCGGCCAAAUACCGGCUUCAUUGUGUAAGUUAAAGUCUGUAUCGUUAUUGGACCUUUCAAGAAACAAGUUAUCAGGUUGGAUCCCCAACUGUUGGGAGAAUGCAACCUCACUGUCUCUCAUAAACUUUUCAUCCAAUAGACUGUCUGGAGUUAUUCCGAGUUCCAUCGGAAAUCUUGACCUCAUUUCUUUACACCUGAACAACAAUAGUCUCCAUGGAGAAGUUCCAGAUUCCUUUAGAAACCUGUUGGGAUUGAUGACGUUGGAUCUUGGAGAGAAUAAGCUAUCCGGAGUUUUACCUGAAUGGUUGGGGGUGGACUUUCAGGUAUUAGUAUUCCUUAGACUUCGAGAGAAUCAUUUCACUGGAACUCUUCCCAUGCAAUUGUGCUUGCUCCAAUUGCAGCUUUUAGACUUGGCAGUUAACAACCUGCAUGGAACAAUUCCACGUUGCUUUGGCUCCCUGAUUGGCAUGUCUCAUCGUUCAUCGUCGCCUGAACGGAAUGAUUAUCUAGUUGCACCUUCUGUCCCCUAUUGGGAUGCAGAACCAAUGACGGAGGUCAUGAAAGGAAGAGAGCUUGAAUACACCACAAACCUGAAGUUCAUGUUCUCUUUGGACCUCUCAAGCAAUAACUUUUCCGGGCCGAUUCCACACGAGCUGACAUCGCUAAACUUAUUAAACAGUUUGAAUCUAUCCCACAACCUUCUCUCAGGUAACAUCCCAGAAAAGAUUGGGGACAUGAAGUGGCUGGAGUCACUCGACUUGUCAGGGAACCAACUUUCAGGGGAAAUUCCACCAAGCAUAUCUCUUCUGACAAUGUUAAGCCACCUAAACCUGUCAGACAACAACUUCGCAGGUAAAAUUCCAAAAAGCAGUCAGCUAGAUUCUCUUUAUGUGUCCGAUCAUUCCAUAUAUUCAGGGAAUCCUUUACUCUGUGGCGAUCCACUUUUAAACAAGUGCCCGGUUCAGAAGGAGGCACCCACGCCACCAAAGAUCCCGAGCAGGGAAAACAUGGGUGGCUCAGAUCCGUUGGAUAAGGUGACAUUUUAUGGAGUUGUAAUGCUCGGGUUUGCGACUGGAUUCUGGGGAGCAAUCGGGAUUCUGGUAUUCAAAAAGAGUUGGAGAGCUGCCUACUUUACAUUCGCUGAAGAAAUCGCGAACAAGAUUUAUGUGGCAGUAUCAUUGAAGGUGGCCAAACUGAAAACAGUAAUGAGAGGAGAAUGAGCAGAGGCAGAGCAUAGAAGACUUGCUAUCAUCUCAUGUUGUUUGCCACUGUUACUUUAUCUAUUAAAUGCAGAAUAUUAACUUGAGCUUUAUCUUAUGAGUAUUUAUUUUGUGAAGAAAAUGUUAUAUUAAUGCAGAAUAUUAAUUUGAACUUUAUCAUAUGAGUAUUUAUUGUAUAUUGUGAAAAAAAGUUAUAGUUUAAUUUGGUGGGCACUAACUUAUCAAGGGGCAGUCUUACACAUGUUUAUAUAUAUUGCCACCACUUUUACACAUUCACAUGUCAAAACUAGAUUGAACGCGCCUGCACUAUGCAUGAACAAAUUAGAAAGAUGAUAAAAAAGAACAUAUUAAUGUCAUAGUAAUUUGAUAUUAAAUUGUUUUUGGCAAAACAAAGAUUGUAAUAAUAAUUUAUAAAAAUGAAAAAAUUUAAAUAAAAUA